UUGACAAAAUGGCGCCCGUUUUUACCACUGACCAAGAUUUCGCGGACUCAGCCACUACUUCAUAAGGUAAAGAUAGCCAUAUUUGGCACUAUAAUGUUCGAAGAGCCUUGCGUGACUCAAGGCCUGGAAAAUUAUCCAAACUCGAAUUUACACCCUCAAACCUGUCUCAAAACUAUGCAAAAAAGUACUUGGACUGGAGGUCAUACAUCGUCUGUGUUAUCUUUAGACGUGAACAGAGAAGGUAUUUUAGCUUCAGGUGGAGAGGAUGAGCUGUGUAUCUGGUCAAAGGAUGGUACAUCUCAAAGCAAACUUCCGUUUACUUCAUAUCUGUCCGGUGACUGUGACACCAAAGAAGUAAACAGCGUUUGCUUUUGUGUGAAAAACCCUGAACGUUUAUACGCUUCUUGUGGGAACAAAAUAUUAGGUUAUGACCUGAGAAAUCUUGCCUCUACCGUUUGCGAAUUUCAGUUCAACGAGGAUGAAAUUAACCAAUUGGCCAUUCACGACAAGGGAACGUUCCUUGCCGCCUGCGAUGACAGCGGUGAAAUUAAAAUAAUAGAUGUGGCAUCAGGAAGAUUAUUUAAGUCACUGCACAACAAAGACGAUAACAUUUGUUCGACUGUUCAAUUCAGGUCUAACAGACCUUGGGAAAUAAUUUCCGGGGGCAUGGAUUUCAAAGUUGUCAGCUGGGACUUUUCCUCUGGAAGACCUCUUCAGGAAUUUAAUGUUCAGGAACUUGGAGGUGACAGUCAAGAAGGGGCCUAUUUCAUCAACCCACCAUUUGUUCACUCCAUUCACAUGGCAGGAAAUGGGAGAAUGUUUGUGGCUGGAUUAGGCAAUGGGAGCAUCCAACUUUUCAGGUUUGAAGGAAAGAAGAAAUUUGUUCCUGACGAGUGUCUGAAAAAACAUUCCUCCAGUGCAUCUCAAGUCCACUUCCCUAAGUUUAGUCCAAAUGACAUGCUAGUGUCAGGUGGAGAUGACUGUAGAGUUGUUCUAUGGAAUCUAAGUAGCGGCCAGUGCAACGGGACAUCGGUUGCAGAGAACAUUGCAAAAGAAGCCAGUUCUGUCUGUGUUGUCCAUGAAGUCCAGCAUGGAUCAAAGAUUAACUGGAUUUCAUCUAGUUCACCGACACAAAAUAUUUUUGUGGCCGAUCUAACAAAUGAUAUAUCUGUGUACUGUGUGACAUGAAGAUUGACUUCAAUUUACGUUAAUACAAAAAAUGACACACUUCAGAUUGAAAACAGUUUUUAGGAUUUAUUACCACAUGGUACCUUGAUUUGGAAAUUGUGGAGAAAACAAUCCGCUAUUCUGGUUUUCCCACAACUGACAAAAUCGAUUUAAAAAAAUGCAGGAUAAUAGCCUUGUACAUAACGCUACAAAUAACGCUUUCAUUUAAAUGGUCAUGUACUAGGGCUUUCACAGCAUACUUGUAAUGAACAGCACCACAUAAAUAUACUCCAUAGUAUUCACAUGAAUGAACAACAAAGGGGCAAAGCUGCAUGUCUGGGUUUUCUUGGACGAAGUAAACUGUUGUUAAUAUCAGUGUCUGUAUUAUGGAGGUCUCUGUAAAGGUAGGUUCAACUGUUAAAUCGCUUCCCCUUGAAUGGUUAUGCACUAGGGUUUCAUCGAGUCUCCAGACUACCGUAACUUAGAACUAGGUACCAUAAACAGUACCAUGUGAAAAUCUUGCGUAACAGCGAUCAUUUGAAUGGUCACACAGUAGGGUUUCAUCCGUGGUCUUUCAAAAGAACCUUCGAGUCCUACCCUGGGAGUGAAACUGAAAAUCAUGAAACUCAAAUUCCUUCCAAUCUUAAGUGGGCAAUUACCACUAUUAGACAUGCCUGCAGGGAGUCAUGGUAGUUCUAUUCAUCAUCUUAGACUGGGUUUUUUUUUCAUCAAUACAACUACCAUGAUGCCCAAAGGCACAUUUCAUAGAGGGAGGACAACAAUGCUGUUGGCAAAUGUACUUUAUUGUCCACAUGAUUAAAGGAACAAUGUUAAUAUCAAAGUCUAGUUUUCACAUACUUCAACUAUUUCGUUGGCUUGUUGGAAGGUCUUUGGGAGAAGAGGAUGUUACUUUAUAGACGUUUAUACAUCAUAAGAGAAGUGAAAAUUUAACCUUCAGAGGUCACAGUGUGGUUAAAAUUUGAACUGUUACAGAAACAAUAGUCUCCAUUUCACAUGGAAAUAUGCUUGGGCAUUUGUCCAUGGACAUCUGUUCCAAGAAGCGAACAGUUUUCUGAGAGCGUAGCUCGAGGAAAACUGUGAGCUUUGA